CUAAUUGAUGUUGGUUUCUCUCGGCUUGGUGCACGAAUGACAAUGAGUCGAACCAUCAAGCUUUACAAGCUACCAGAAUCAACAGUCACCCCAGGGUUUAGAAAGAUGGAAAUUCAUGAUGUUCCUGCAGUUACAAGGCUAAUUAGGAAUUAUUUGAGCCAUUUUGUUGUUGCACCUGAUUUUGAUGAAAAUGAUGUGGAGCAUUGGCUUCUGCCAAGGGAGAACGUUAUUGAUAGUUAUCUGGUUGAAAGUCCUGAAACUCACGUGGUCACCGACUUUUGUAGUUUUUACACACUUCCUUCUAGUAUCCUUGGCCACCAAAAUUAUUCAACUUUGAAAGCAGCCUAUUCAUUUUAUAACGUGUCCACAGUCACUCCUUUGCUUCAGCUGAUGAAUGAUGCUCUCAUUGUCGCAAAACAGAAGGAUUAUGAUGUUUUCAAUGCAUUGGAUGUCAUGCAGAAUGAAACCUUCUUGAGGGAACUCAAGUUUGGACCGGGUGAUGGGAAACUUCAUUAUUAUCUUUACAACUACCGAAUAAGGCAUGCAUUGAAGCCGUCAGAGCUGGGGCUUGUGCUUCUGUAA